GUUGGGGGGGGAGUGCAAGCGCCCGUACGUCCGCGCUACCAGGCUGCACCAUGGGGAUUACUUUUUGGAAAGUCCUUUUCGUUCAUUUCACCGUCAUAAGUGGCUUUUCCUGCUGUUCUCGCAACGACGUGAACUCCGAGUGGAAUCCAAACAUACCCGCGAUCGCCAAAUAUUUCACCACCAAAGGGAGGUACGAGGAAGUGAACCCGUAUCUCAUAGAGGACAUACUCGCCGUGAACAGAUCCAUCCUGCAGCCUCCAUCUGCACAAUGUCGGCAGAUCCAUCUGACCGCCAUCAUAAGACACGGCACGAGGUACCCGACGUCCAAAAACGUCAAGAAGAUGCAGAAGCUUUACGAGCUGGUGAAGAGCAGCGCCUCAGGUGAAGAGAGCUGGCUGCGCGAAAUCCAGAGCCAGUGGACGAUGUGGUACACUGAGGACAUGGACGGCCGACUCGUCCAGAAAGGUGUGAGCGACCACAAGCAUCUGGCCGUCAGGCUGUCAAAGCUGUUCCCCUCACUCAUUUCAGAGGAGAAGCUCCGAGGUGGAUUCAUCCAAUUCAUAACCAGCUCAAAGCACAGGUGUGUCAACAGCACACUGUCCUUCAAGGCUGGACUGACAGAGCUGUGGGCUAUUACAGAUAAGGAGUUCGACCAUUCGGUGAAUGAUGCCCUCAUGAGGUUUUUUGACCAGUGCACCAGGUUUGUGGAGGAAGUUGAUAACAACCCUUCAGCUCUGUCAGAGAUGGACAAGUUCAAGCAGGGACCAGAGAUGAGGAGGGUCCAGCAGAAGAUCGCAGACCGUCUCAAUGUCUCGUACAAGGACAUCACAGACGAUAUGGCUGAAGCUGCAUUCUACUUGUGUGCUUAUGAGUUUGCCAUCAAGACUGUGAACUCUCCCUGGUGUCGGCUCUUCGAUGAGGUGGAUGCGCAGGUUAUGGAGUAUGCAAAUGACCUGAAACAGUUCUGGAAAAGGGGAUAUGGUUAUGACAUCAACAGCAAGUCCAGCUGCAUUCUCUUCCAUGAUGUGUUUACUCGACUGGACAAAGCAGCCGACGCGAGCAAGUCAGGCCAGCAGGUGACUGAAGCUGUGACGGUCCAGAUCGGCCACGCAGAGACCCUCCUGCCACUGCUUACCCUGCUGGGCUUCUCCAAGGACAGCGACGUCCUAAGAUCCACCAACUACGCCACACAGAC